CAAGCACAAAUUUAUUGCACGCAAUAAUUAUAUAUAUACAUAGAGAGAGUUUUCAGAGAAAGAAUUCUCAGAGAGAAAACAGAGAUGAAUGAAAUUCCAGGAAGCAAAUCGUGGCGUUUUCUUCUCUUAUUGAUUUCAAUUUCUCUGCAAUUCCUUCUAGGACUUUCGGGUGAUUCCGAAACUGGUAAAAAAGUUGAGACUCAUUCCAAAGCCACUAGCAGCAAUGGCUCUGUGGUGAUCAUCGUAGUCGUCGUGCUUGUAGCAGUGGCAUUGUUUUCAUUUUUCCUAUUCAAGUUAUGGCAAAAGAAGAAAAGAGAAGAGCAGUAUGCCCGGCUUUUGAAGUUGUUUGAAGAGGAUGAUGAUCUUGAGCUUGAACUUGGUCUUCGGGACUGACCAAUCCCUACAUCUUACAAUUUUUAGUUUGUUAAGAGUUGAGGUGCUUCUACAUCUUUUGUUUUUGUUCUUUUCUUUCUCAACGGCCAAGAAUUACUUGUCAAUUUCGGUUUAGGAGAACAAUUGUUGACUCCCAAUUAUCAUUUGGAUAGUGACAAAAACUUCCCCAGCAUUUAAUCGAAACACAAGAAUCUACAUUCAACACAAAAUCCACCUUGAUGUCAGGUUUAGACCCAAUUAGUUGUGUGAAAAGACAAUUAUCCCUCAUAAAUGAAAUGAUGAUGCUUUGAGAGAAA